AGAAGAGAAGAAAACAUCUUUUACAUCCGAAAUCAGAAGAAACCCUGAAGGCCUGAUUCGUUUAAUCGUGCUGAAAGAGUUUGGAGACCAAGUCUUGGAUUGUUCUCAGCUCCACCAACUCCGUCGGAUUUGUGUUUUGCUCCGACCGCUCAAAGCCCUUCGCUUUUCUUCAAAUGUUAUGCUCGAGAGCUGGAAGAUAAGCUAAGCAGCUACCCAAUUGUCGCCUAGGAUCCAGCGAUGAUCGUCAGGAAGUACGGCCGCCGGAAUCGUGGUCUUCCGAGGUCUUUAUCCGACUCCUCUAACGACGCCAUUCACGAUUCUUUUGGUGACUCUCUGUCUCAGGAAAGUUCUCAGGACCCGCUAUUUGGCAUCGCUUUCUCGUCACAAGACUCCUCUUCUAGAUGGUCCACUUUCGAUUCUGAGCCAUACGGCACGAAUUCCUCACAAGGUUCGUUUUCAGCAAACCCUAUAAGAUCCUCCUUUGACGAUUCGUUGAACGGGGGCAAGAAGAAGUCCAAGAAAGUCAAGAUUGAGAAAAGGGAACUAGAGGUGCUUAAGUGUUCGCAGCUGGCGAUUUCUUCUACAUCGACUUUAAUGGAAGCCCAGGAGUUUGGGGAGAUGAUGGAGCACGUAGAUGAGGUGAAUUUCGCGUUGGAUGGGCUGAGGAAGGGUCAGCAAGUUCGGAUCAAAAGGGCAAGUUUGUUGUCCUUGUUAUCUAUUUGCAGUACCGCGCAGCAACGGCGGCUUCUACGAACUCAUGGGAUGGCAAGGACAAUAAUUGAUGCGGUUUUAGGUCUUAGCUUUGAUGACUCAGCCAGCAAUCUAGCUGCUGCAACUCUUUUUUACAUUUUGACGGGUGAUGGUCAAGACGAUCACCUUCUCGAAUCACCAAAUUAUGUUAGUUUUUUAAUUAAAUUGUUGAAACCAAUUCUCUCUAUGGCUGCUGAAGUGAAAGCACCAAGAAUUGGCCAUAAACUUUUAGUACUUCGAACGGAUUCUGACAUCCUACAAAGUACAGCAACAAGAUUGGACUCCAGUUCUUCUGCAAUUUUGUCAAAAGUUGAAGAAAUUCUUGUAAGUUGCAAGGAAAUAAAAUCAAGAAGCAUAGACAUUGGCACAGCUGAUAGACCAGAGUUGUGUCCUAAAUGGAUUGCGUUACUGACUAUAGAGAAAGCUUGCUUGACUACCAUUUCCCUUGAAGAAGCAUCUGGUGCUGUAAGAAAAAAUGGAGGCGACUUCAAGGAAAAAUUGCGAGAGCUAGGAGGACUUGACGCUGUCUUUGAGGUUGCCAAGGAUUGCCAUUCCAAUAUGGAGGGUUGUGUAAAGCGUAUUUCACUGUCUACACAGGAUGCAAGAUAUGAAAACUUUCUGCAGAGCCUGAUGCUUCUUUUGAAGUGCUUGAAGAUAAUGGAAAAUGCCACAUUCCUCAGUAAAGAAAACCAGAGUCAUUUGCUUGGAAUCAAAAGAAACUUGGAGGGUCAAGGAACACCGCAAUCUUUCACGGAAAUCAUGUUAAAUGUCAUCAAGAUUCUUUCAGGUCUCUAUUUACGCAAAAGUUCUGCUGCUGGUUUAAAUAAUGAGAAGCUAGCUGAUCUCCUUGAUGGGUCUCACAAAACUUCCAAAUUGCUUGCAGAGGCAGAUCAUGAACCAAACAGAAAGAUAACUCUACCAAGCAGUAAUUUAAAGACAUGGUGCAACACCAAGGGUACUUUGUCUGACAAGAGCUUCAUUAUAUCCCAGAACAUGAGGAGUGCCACGGCUCGAUUAGACAAUACUCUAACAGCUUCUGGAACUACUAGCACUUCAUUGGAAAAUUCCAGUUUCUUCAAGAUGAGGCAAAGAUGCUUCACAUCUGGUUCAUCCAGUGUGACAUCAAGAAGUACUGAUGAUGGAGCAACUGCAUUGAAUAAUCAGCCAGUGGAGAAAAAUAAUCAUCCCGAUCCUUUUGCUUGUGAGCUUAACCUUUCAGAGGACCAGGAUCCCUUUGCUUUUGACGAGGGUGAUCUCGAACCCUCCAAGUGGGAGUUACUUUCACAGAAAGAGAAGAAAUCUCGGGCUAAAAAAGGGGUGGUCAAAUUUAGAGAUCUCGAGAAUGGAUCAAAAUCUCAGGUGAUGACGACUGAGAAAGAAUCAAUCAGUGGAGAAAGCCAUUUCUUCAAUGAAAUUUCAAGCUUGGCAUCCUUUAAUGAGGAGGGAUUCAACCUAGUAGCUGACUGCCUUCUUACUUCUAUCAAGGUUUUGAUGAACUUGACCAAUGAUAAUCAUGUUGGCUGUCAACAAAUUGCUUCCUGUGGAGGACUAGAAACUAUGUGUUCACUGAUUGCCAACCAUUUUCCUUCAUUCUGCUCCACUUCAUCCACCUUAAAUGGAUUAAAAGGUCAUACGUUGAGUCUCGAAUUUGAGUCUCAGAACGAGAAGCACCUAACGGAUCAAGAGCUUGAUUUUCUUGUUGCGAUUUUGGGCCUGCUUGUGAACUUGGUGGAGAAGGAUGGUCAUAACAGAUCACGGCUUGCUUCAGCUAGUGUUUUGAUACCUAGCGUGCAUGGACCAGAAAAGGGUCAUAGCAACGUAAUUCCUCUAAUAUGUUCAAUCUUUCUGGCCAACCAAGGAGCAAGCGAAGGAGUUGGAGAAGGGGAAUCUUUGCCAUGGAACGAGGAGGUCGCUCUUCUGGAAGGUGAAAAGGAAGCAGAAAAGAUGAUCGUUGAGGCUUAUUCAGCGCUACUUCUAGCAUUUCUUUCAACUGAAAGCCAGGGCAUACGCGAUGCCAUUGUCGACUGUCUUCCAGAUCACAGCCUAGCAAUUCUUGUGCCAGUUUUGGAGCGAUUUGUGGCGUUUCAUUUGACGUUGAACAUGAUAUCUCCGGAGACGCAUAAAACCGUAACCGAAGUGAUUGAAUCAUGUAGAACUUCCUGAGAAUAAAGAAAGCAUGAAGCUCCUGUAAAUUCUUCACCUUAGUCGGAUUGGUUAUCCUUAAUUGAUACCAUAGAAAUAGAGAAAAUCUGCAACAUACAGAAAAAGCCAGAGGGCUUGUCGCUUAUGUUGUUGUCUGAUUGACCAUUGUUCUUUCUUCUUUUUCUUCUUUAAAUUUUCAGAGUUCUUUCUCCACCCAUUUUGAGCUUUUUUUGGUAGCCUUUCUUCUUCAUUUUCUUUCAAUACCUCCAUUGUAGCUUAUGGUAAGAAGAUGCUUGUUUGUAUACAGAAAACUAUAGUGGAAUGAAAUCAUUAUUCAUUUUCGACUUUAUAAUUUA